AUGUUCCUCUUCUCCCAAAAGACCAAGACCCCUAUCAGCACCUACACUGACUCCUACAGGGCUCCUACCUCCAUCAAGGAGGUCUAUAAGGACCCACCUCUGUGGGCCUGGGAAGCCAACAAGUUUGUGACCCCGGGCCUGACUCAGACCAGGCAGCGCCACGUGAACCCUGAAGCCCUUCAGAAGAUGGUCAAAUGUGCUGUGCGGGACUAUAGCUAUAAGAGUUCCAUACCAGGCCACCCCUACUUGCCUGAGAAAUACUGGCUCUCUCAAAAGGAAGCAGACAAAUGCAACCCAAACUACUUGUGUAGUGACCGGUAUAACACAUGGAGAAUGGGACCUUACCACUGCACUGACUGGAACAAGUACACCACAUGCCUUCCCCGGCUGCCUAAGGAGGCCGGGAUGGAGACAGUAGUUCGAGGAAUGCCGUUGGAGUACCCUCCUAAGCCGGAGCGACUCAAUGCCUAUGAGCGCGAGGUGGUGGUGAACAUGCUGAACUCGCUGUCGCGGAGCCAACCACUGCCGCAGAUCGCAUCCCGAUGCGGGUGCGCAGACCCGCUGCCGGGCCGCCUGCCCUACCAGGGUUAUGAAAGCGCUUGCUCCGGCCGCCACUACUGUCUACGCGGGAUGGACUACUGCGUCACCGGGGCACCCUGCAACGAAUGCCGCCAGCGGCCUCUGUACCCAGUGCAGCCGACUGUAAGGAGUGUAUUGCCGUACGACCACCGGCCCGGAAUGCAAUGUGUUGUCAUAACUCCCCCGCCACCAUACUACCCAUGUCCUAACCUUAGGUGGGACACAAGUCACUUUAAGAAGACUGGUGCGGCCCAGAGAAACAACUAUGUUGUCCACCCUGAAUUUGUGUCGGAAACCUUCUGACUACCGCUGCUGGUAGAGCCUGAGCCAGCCAGGCCAAGGAGGUUGAGCAAUAAAUAAA